AUGGGUCCCUCCCGCCUCCUCUGGUUUGGUCUUGGUGCCGGCUUCGCCAGCUGGUGCUGGUUCAGGAAGGAAUACCGCGAACACAAUGGUGACCGAUGGGGGCAUUGUCGAAGACCUGUGGUGGCCCCGCCGUCUACCAUGACUCCUGUCCAAGGGCUUCAGAACGCUUCCAACACCCCCUCCACUACAGGGAUAACACAUUACGAAGCCGAGUGGGACCGCGACAAGAUUGCGAGCCAGAUGGUAGAGAUCACUGAGACAACCCUGGAUGGAGUGCUCGCGGCAACUCAGGCCUUGAAGCAAAGCGAGAGCGCGACCGCCAACCACAGCAAAGGUUCCAGGGCCCUGAACACAUGA